ACUAACACCGGACAAAUCCAAGCCUCAUGACACUCCCUUCGAGUUACCCAGGGGACUGGGUUGAGCUAAGCCUCCGCCUUCUAGCAAUAGUAGCGCGCUUCCAACGUGCUCAGAAGGCGAAGAGAAGGGCUCGUAGCGGAUAGAGAGGCCGAACUAAGGGAAAAGAGGGAAAGCUCCACCAAUCCGUAGGUGUACCACCGCGGCCACCUCCUCGCCCUGCGACACGCGCGCGGAGGCGCUCCUGUAAGUUUCUUUCCCCGCCACUCUUUCAGCGCUAUUUCAACUUUCUUAACACCCCGCGCCCAUAUCUGUAGGAUCAGGUGCUGUUGGUAUCAGUUUCCCACACAGCCUCUAACAGAACUGAUCACAAUGAUCCUAAAUAUCUCUGCAGAAGAGACCGAUAAAAAGAACCCCAUUGACUGUCCCUCUUUGGGAAGACACAGCUACAUUUUUGUUAUGGUUCCAACCGUUUACAGCAUUAUCUUUGUCAUUGGUAUAUUUGGAAACAGCCUGGUUGUGAUUAUCAUCUACUUCUACAUGAAGCUGAAAACUGUGGCCAGUGUAUUUCUGCUUAAUUUGGCCCUGGCAGAUCUGUGUUUCCUAGUAACUUUACCAUUAUGGGCAGCUACAACAGCCAUGAAGUACCAUUGGCCUUUUGGCAACUGCUUGUGUAAGAUCGCUUCAGUUGCAGCAACCUUCAAUAUGUAUGCCAGCGUCUUUCUCUUGACGUGCCUCAGCGUAGAUCGUUACUUAACAAUAGUACAUCCCAUGAAGGCCCGUCUUCGGCGCACAAUGCUCGUUGCCCGGGUAACUUGCAUCAUCAUCUGGCUGUUGGCAGUCCUUGCCAGUUUACCUGUUGGGAUUCACCGCCGUGCUUAUGUCCUUGAAAAUGAAAACAUCACAGUAUGUGCUUUUUGGUAUGGCACACGCAGGAAUUCAACCAACCACAUAACCAUCAACAUUGGAUUAGGCCUAUCCAAAAAUAUUCUGGGCUUCUUCAUUCCUUUUCUGGUCAUUUUAAUAAGCUACAUAUUAAUCUGGAAAACUCUGAAAAAGGCUUACCAGUUUCAGAAGAAUAACGGCAGAGGUGAUGACAUCUUUAAAUUGAUAGUUGCAAUAGUUCUAUUUUUCUUUUUUUCUUGGAUUCCUCAUCAAAUAUUUACUUUUAUAGAUGUGCUGAUUCAGCUUGAUGUGAUUAAGAGCUGUGAUAUUGAAGAUAUUGUGGAUACAGCUAUGCCUUUCACAAUCUGCUUGGCUUAUUUUAAUAACUGCCUGAAUCCUGUCUUUUAUGGUUUUUGGGGAAAGAACUUUAGAAAAUACUUCCUUCAGCUCCUCAAAUACAUCCCUCCAAAUGUCAGGCAUUCCAGUUUGUCAACAAAGAUGACUUCGCUUUCAUAUCGACCCUCAGAAGACUUAAUGCGCACUUCCAGAAAAAAAGGAUCUCUGGUUGCUGAAUGAUAAUAUAGCAGCACAUUUUUUGCUGUUAGUUGCUCAAAGCAACAACGCUCCUCUUCUGCAGUGUUGGACCAUCUGAAAUACUCCAUCCUUGUGAAAACUGGGACCUAACUUCAUUUCAUGUUAUGAAGAGGAACAUCUUAAACAAAGAAUGCAGGCAUCAUGCCUUCCAGGGUCAGAGCUUGGUGGGAAAUAAUGUGUGGUAGAACAUGUAACCCAACUACAUGUAGAAGAAUCUCUGAAAUUAUCUUGCAUUGCCUUAUACAUAGGUGUUAUAUAGAAGACUUAUUUCAUAGUCAGGAAAGGAAAGGUGUAUUUCAAGACAGUGAAAGAACUCCCUGCGUAACUAUAAUCAAAUUCUCCCUGUACUACAUUUGAUUACAUCUUCUUACAGAGCCUGAAAAGUGCCAGAACUGAACUCAUGUAUAUCAGUAAUACCAUAAAAUGUUGAAAUAAGAGUAAAAGUGUAAUGCAAUUUUACAUUUAGAUAAAAUAUUUUUCCAUGUUCAAGUAACACUUGCUACAUAUACAUCUAAAUGUAUCACAUUCCAAAUAUAGCAUUGUUUUUAAAUGUAGUUGAACAAAAACUUCAUUCUGAAGUUAUUUCCCUCUCUAUGAGCUCUUGGCAAAAUAUAUCUGUAGAACGCUUCUGUUUACUUUCACACAAUUUUAACUGCCUUUCAAAAGUACAUCACUACAAUUGUUUAUGUAGUACAGUUCCUUUCAAAAUGGGCACUGGUACAGAAAAGUUUUGAUAAUACAGCCUUUCCUAAACUGGUAUCUUCUAGAUGACCCAGGUUACAACUAUAAUGACUACUGUACUGUCAGCUUAGUGCAAUGUAUCUGGAAGACACUUUAUAGGUCAUAACCUGCACCUUGACCUAUACUGAAUUCAGAAGCAAACUGGCAAUUAAUACAACUUGCACCAGUCUUGUGGUUCAUAUAACUACCAGGGCCAUGACAUUUUGCACCAGAUUCAGUUCUAGAUACUUCGAAUCAAGAGAGAGGGAAGUCACAGGGCAACUUGAUACACAGAAAAUUUCUCACAGAUACUCAAAUUUUCUGUGUGGUAAAUGUGCAUUUGGAAAUUCUGGGAGGUUGAACUCUAUAUAUCUUAAAGUUGCCAAGUUUGACAACCACUGCAGUAGAGCCAACCAAUAUGGUGUGAUGCCAAAAAGGCACUCUUCCACCAUCCCUAUCGACAUAGACACGUGUAUGCACAAAUAAACAUGCUAUAUUAAUAUUCUUUAAUAUAUGAACAAGACUGUGCCAUUAAAGCGUACCAAAAAAUGAACCAAAAGAAUAUUCAGAGCCUAGGUGUCAAACUUGAUAGUAUCACAGGCUGGAUUGUGACAUAUCAUGACUUUUUUUGCCUUUACGGAGCUGGGAUGGGUGUGGCUUACGCAUGAUGUAUCCAGCCUGCAGGCCACCAGUUUGACAGUGGUCAUCUAGGACUAUGUCAGCAAUAAAAAGAAAGAGGUAUUAUACAGUAUAGAACCUCUGUUAGGAUCAGUAGUUACUAAAAUCAGAUGGAUUUAUUUUCUAAUUGCAAACUAAGGACAUGUGCUGUCUAUAUUCUUUUAGCAUCUAUUAUCAAUCCCAGAGCUCCUAAUCACUAUAUCUCUGUGUAUAUAUUUCAGAUACUUUUAAAUCUGUAAAACUUAUUUUGUGCAAAGAAAAUCAUGCAGCUAUAAUUUUACAUUAAUUACAAAUACUCUUGAUCAUAGUGAGGAUUUAUAUCCCAGUAUUUUAAUUCGGUUAUCAGAUAAUGGUCUAAUAACUGCAAGCAAAGAAGACAAGAGAUUAAUAAUCAUAGCCACUGCUGGACUUAUCUCUGUCUUUUUAACAGAACAUAGGAUCGAUGCUUCUAAGGCUAUGUAAAACUUGCUGUCUUGGUCUCCAGGUGGUCUGUCCUGCAUUGCCAAACAGUCAAAGGAUAUGGAUUACUUGUUUAACAUGGCUUUAAUCGUAUAUUACAACUUUCCUUUAUGAAAAAUAUAUAUUCUGAUAACAUCUGCUUUGAAGAUAGUAGAACAGGGGUGUCAAACUCAUGUCAUCACACCGACAUCAUGUGACAUAUUGGAACUUUUUCCCCCUUCGUUAAACCGUGGCCAGCGUGUGGCCAACACAUGACACAUCCGGCCAGUGGGCUGGGAGUUUGACAGUCCUGAAAUAGAAGGAUCCUUUAUUAACAUUUCUGUAGGUGCAACACCUUUAAUUAAAACAUUACCUUAAGACCUUUACUUAAAACAUUGUGUUCCUUCACCUAUUAUGUUACUAACUCUUCACUAUUGGUGAUGUUGACUGGAGCGGUUAAGAGUAUAGUUUUAGCAACAUAUUUAAUAAAAAGAUGCAUUACACUGCCAUAAGUCAUUAAGGGAUAAGUAGAAAAGGAGACUUGUGUUGUUGAAAUUAUUCUCUUGCAUAAAGACACUUCAAAUACAAAGGAUUCAAAUUACAUAGAGAACAAGGUUGAAUAGUAUAUCCAGAUGUUUUGCUGGGAAGUCUGAAGGAAAGUUGGAUGCAUGCAUGCAUCAAUGAAAAUAGAACUAUUUUCAUAAGCUGACACAAAUUUUUAUUAGUCUUCGAUCACAUGGCAAGAGGUACCCAGCUUCAAAUGUAAAUGCAGUUGUCCUUUAUAAUUCCAACUGAAUAUCUGCAUUUGUUUCUUAAAGAACCAAUAUAAAAUUAUGCAUUUAUUUUUAUUGUCUUCAUUUCAGACUAUCAUCUUGAAAACAGAUCAUAUUCCUCUCUGUUUAAACAGAAAACGUAUACAUCAACUAACACAGGAAUACUUUUUGUUUUCAAUUAUUGCCACAUCUAUUAAAAACACUUUUUUUCUGCUGGCAGAAUCAUUUUUAAAUGUUGGCUUGCUGAAUUUGUAAAUGAAAUCAUAUUUAUUUCUAUUUAUUAAUAACAUUACUUUAUUCUACUCAUUUCUUCCCAUCAUGGAUGUAAAGAGCUUUCUUGGAAAUUUAGCAUAAAAUAUAAACAUCCACAGAAUGGAUUAACUUGCAGAAAGGUAGCAAUUAGUUGGUGGUACAGAAAACAUGCAAAAAGAAAUGUAUUUUUUUAACGAUAUUUUAUUAUUGAUUCCACAAUAGUAUAUAUUUGGAAACACUGAUGUUAGAAGUCUGUUGAAAGUAUUUAUGAAUUAUCAAUGGAUUUAAAUUUCUUUUAAUAGUUUCACCCUUGCACAUACAAAAAUGUUCAUUGUAUCUGAAAUUUAGUUUCAUGUUUGAUACAUCUAACAUCAAAAGCAAACAAAUUGUUAAUGGUUGUAGUUUCCUUUGUUGGCUCAGUAUGUUGUAGCUAAUGUUCACAUGCAUAGCAUAAACAGACAUGUGUAUAAUAUAGAUUCUAUAUCUUAACAAAAACUGUGAAAAAUAAAAUUCAUAUAUAUUA